CCAGUACUGCAGCGUCUCCUCUCUUUCCGAUUCUCCAAUGUCCACAGCUUGGCCGGAGCUCGUUGUUUUACCGGCUCCAUUUCCACCGUAUUUUUAACGCUCCUACCCGGCCCAGAUCAGGACGAGACCACGCUAAAGGUAAAGAAGAAGCUCCAAGGAUUCGGGAGAGUCUAGGGGGAAUCAAAAUGUCCAGUGAAAGACAGGGGCGGUCAGAUGAUGAGAGUCCAAGCACCAGCAGUGGUAGUUCUGAUGCGGACCAGAGAGACCCGGCGGUGCCGGAGCCCGACGAGGCAGAGGAGAGAAAACAGCAGCCCGCCACACCUCCUCAGCAACAGAAGAAACCCACCAAAUUAUCCAGCAAGACUACCGCCAAGUUGUCCACUAGUGCUAAAAGAAUCCAGAAGGAGCUCGCUGAGAUCACUCUAGAUCCACCACCUAACUGCAGUGCGGGACCCAAGGGAGACAACAUCUAUGAAUGGAGGUCCACCAUCCUGGGACCACCAGGCUCUGUGUACGAGGGAGGGGUCUUCUUCCUAGAUAUCACCUUCUCAUCCGACUACCCCUUCAAGCCACCAAAGGUGACGUUCCGCACCAGGAUCUACCACUGUAACAUCAACAGUCAGGGUGUGAUCUGCCUGGAUAUCCUGAAGGACAACUGGAGCCCUGCCCUCACCAUCUCCAAGGUGCUGCUGUCCAUCUGCUCCCUGCUCACAGACUGUAACCCUGCUGACCCUCUGGUUGGUAGCAUUGCCACUCAGUACCUGACCAACAGAGCCGAGCAUGACAGGAUAGCCCGACAGUGGACCAAGAGAUACGCCACUUAGAGGUCACGAUCCCUAACCCCUGACCCCGUCCUGUCUGAUCCCCUGUCCCCCCAGCCCCCCUGCCUGCAGUGUGAAGGUCCCGGAGGCGACGUCACAUCGUGCAACAAAUCUUUAUAGCCUUUACAAUACGGACUUCUGUGUAAAUGUCUGAUUACUGAUUCUACUCCUCCACAUUUUACCCUGCUAUGAGGACUGGGUCUGAAGAGAGACAGAGAGAGAGACAGAUCCAAGCAGGCAUUGUCUCACGUCAGAUAGCGAAGCGUCGCCUCUGUCUGCACUGAUAGUUCAUGGCAACACAGAGCGUUUGAAUGACGCCAUCUGUCGGAAGACAAUGCCCAACAAAAGGUAAAUGUAUAUUGGAGUAGAAUUUUGUAGCUGUAGAUUUUAGUUAUGUUUAAAUGCCUCUACUUGCAAGUCUUGCUUCUUUGGGAUAUUAAAAAAAUAAAAUGUAUUUUGUGAUGUAAUAAAGGAAACUAUUCCUAAAGUCUCAACCAAAUAUUAUGGUGCAUUUUAACCUUCUCCAUUAUCUGUAUGAAGUUAAAGAAGAAAAAACAACUAGCUGAUGUAGAUUAUUAGAGAUGAUGAUGUCAUUUAUAUGAAAGCCAGACACCCAUUUCCAGUUAUGUAGUUACAUUAUACUGUUGUGAUGACUCUGUUUUACCUUGUCAAUUUGUAAUGAAAACGAUAUUUCAUUGAAACCUUUUUGUAGCUCAACAAAAGAUGAGCCACCACUGUAACAUCCCCAAAACACAAUAAACUUGUCCCCAAGGGUUGAAUUGUA